AGAUAAGAUCUAAAAUUAAAAAGUUCCAUAAAAAGUAGCGAUAAAGGGUUAUUAGGACCCAGACUGGAGUGCAAAUUUAAAGUUUUUGACCCUCUCAUGGGCAAAACCGGUUACAACUUUUCUGCGCAGGAAUAUAUUUGCAAACAAAACUUUUAAAAAAGGAAGUGGAGGUGUGUGCAAAAAUAGUGAGGACGAGAGAGCGCGAAGAGCCGGUUAGCCUUGGAGUUUUAUUAGCACUGGCUGUGACGUGGUGGCGUUUUUAGAGGCGUGUGAGCUCGAAAAGCCAAGCUAUUGGCCGCAGUCCUUGGUUCGCCAGACAACUACGCAGCCGAGAGCUACCCGAGCGACCGACCAGUCCGUCGUUUGCACUUGCAUAGUGUACAUUACCACUUGACAUUGGCAUCUUGAUAAAAUAAUGCUUGCGUUUAGCCAGAGAAUGCGGCGGCGACGCCCGCACAGAAUGGAUAAAGUGACCAACACGAUUUCUGCCGAGGGAACAGCAAUAUUGUGUUUUCCUCCUGACGGUUCCUCAUUUCGAGGUAUGAUGACCACAAAUUCAAAAGAGCACAUGGCCAUGGACGAAGACUCGCCGUAUGUGUUGUAUGGCCGAGAGACACCGACCCCUGGACAGUACAAAGUGACCGUGGCCGACUUGGAGACGGGUCUUCAGUACCACAUGGACGCGGUCCAACUGAGGGGCGAGUUGAGGAAACGGGGCAGGUCCAUGUCAACAAGCCCCGAAAUCAUCACCCACUCGACGAGCGCCGCGAUUCCCAUCGGUGGUGGAGGACACGCGCAAGGUCACGGAGGUCAAGGUGUUGGCUUCGAGGACAUCUUCCUGCUGGAGCACUCGUGUCCGCCGAAUUUGAUCAACGGCGGCUUCCUGGAGGAGAACAGCGAGCUGAGUCCGGUUGGCUCGGACAGCACCCGACUCAGCUCGACCCCAAGUCACAACAGCCCCCUGAGUCCCCUGCCCUCGGCCAAGGACGACGCGCCCCUCGAGGCGUUUUCCAACCCCCAGUUUUCCCUCGAAUUCGAAAGCGAGGAGGACACUUUGCAGUUUACGGCCAACACUGUGCACCGCGGCCAAAAGGCGGACAUGAUCAUCCAGAGGCUGAUGGCCGGUUCUAAACUCGGAGGCACAAAGUGCGUGGUGCUCGUGGGGCCGUUGCGCUUUUCAGUCAGCGAUACGGUCACUACCGAUGCCAACAUGGCUUGGAGCAUGUGAAGAACUUUGUAUUAAGGACUUGGGAAUUUUAUCAAAGUGUAUGUAUUUUUGAAGAUUUGAGAUUAUUUUAUUUUUGGAGGAGAUUUUAGUAAAGUCAGUAUUUGUAUAAUUGAAAAUUUUACAAGAAGAUCGCAAUAAUGUUGAAAAAUUAAAAAUUUAACUGAUAAUUAUUGUAGGUUUGCUCUGGUGAGGAUUUGUCAUGAUCAAUUGAUCAUACAAAGCAACAACUAUAAUUGUAUGUGCAUCUCUUGUCUAAAGUCUAACUUGAAAAGUAGAAAAUGAGAUUAAUGAAUGCUAAGGGUGACGUAAAUUAAAAUUAUAAUGUAGUAUUUAUGUAAAAAUGAAAGUUUUCUCAUUUCUACUUAUAGAAAUUAAUCCAAAUAUGUAUGAUAUAGUCUAAAAAAUUAAUUGUACGUACUUUUCCCAUUUUUUAAAAAGCUACUUACAAAGUGUGAAUGAAAGUAGCUUUGAUUGUUACGCUCAAUGAGCUGGAAUAAUUUCAUGUUUCGUCAAACUUUUAAGUGAUUAUAUUUUCCUGAGGUGCCAUUAUUAUUCAUAAACCGAUUGUGCCAUUUCAUGUUAAUUAUUACAUUGUUUAUGUGAGUGCUACGAUUUUAUUUAAAUAAUAUGCAUUGUCAUUGUAAAAUUUUGUAUACUACUGUAGACCGUACAUUUUUGCCGUACUUUUAAAAAUAAGAGCGCUGGAAUGCAAUAUUGUUGGGAUUGGGGACCAUAUUCUGUAUGAUGAACAAAUACAAAAGUCAAAUUGCAUUGCCCAAAUGAUAUGUAAUUU